AUGGUAAGUUCUAAUCCCGAUCCUGAUAACAACCAUGAUGCUGAGGAACGAAUUCAAUCACCAUUUGUUCCCAUUACCCCUAAGGAUUCCCUAUCCGCCAUGGAUUCCGAACCACCAAUUUCACCACCCAAAAAACCCAUGCCAAGAAAAAUCGCCCCGCUUCCCACUCGAAAGACAAUACCAACAAAAACAAUGGUAAUGGAGGCCCUAAAGACCAUAACCAAAUUAGACGAACCACAACCCGAUCCCUUAUCACGACAACGUAAAACUCUUAGCUUACGUGGUAUUCAGAAAUUUAUGGCCCUGAAAUAUUUCGUAACAAAGCCGGAUAUGAAAUCGCGUAUGCCUUAUGUGAAGAAAUACGUUCGAGAUUUAUUGGCCAAGGGCCAAUUGAAGAGUGUCAAACCGGGUGCCGGUAUAACGGGGUCAUUUUGGGUGCCAGCUAAAAGUGAAUUAAAAAAGGAAUUGAGGAGUAAACCGAAAAGAAGGGGUUCUAAGCCCAAGAAAUCUUUGGCAAGGAAGCAAAAGGGUGGUCGGAAGGUCAGACGAGGUGGUGGAAAAAUGCGAAUGUCGGGUCACAAUUAA